AUGACUGAGGCCGAAAGAGAAGACUACUUGGCCAGUAGGAUGGAGCAUCCUUCCACCCAUACGGCCGCCUUUAUAGAGAACCAGGUUCGAGUAGCGGGUGAACCAGCACCCGUUUUUAUUAAUAAAUUGAACCGUAUCGACUCGCUCGAAGUAGCAAAAAAACAGCAAAAAAUAAGCGACGAGCUGUGGAAAGAGGCGAAUGCGGAAAAGACAACCUUGCUGGCUCUCAUGGAACAAGUCCGUGCCAAGCUCGAUAAGAGCAAUCCCGUUACGGCACACAUAUCGAGGAUGGACGCAAGAACGUGCUCCUGGGAUCAAGUUCUGCAAGAAGUAGAGAUCUUAGCUUCCCGGUGGUCGUCGUCGCCGAAACGAGCUUCGAAGAUGCUCUAUUUGGAUCGCUUGGGGAGAAAUUCCGAAGCCUUCCAAGCAUGGAUAGGGUUGCUCCCCACGGGGGAUUUCGGAUCAAGCAUAUGCGGCGUUUUCACGAUUGCUCUCAAUGCUGCUGGUCAAUACGUGAAGGUAGAAGACGCAAUUAUCGAUGCACUUGCCCAGAUACCAGAGGCGGUCAGCGACACCAGACGAUACAUCAAACUCUACGCGGAAACCAAAGACCACCGACUUGAAGAACGGACAUUUGAUCUUUACCUGUCGAUUCUUAAGGCACUGAAUCACAUUAUGAGAUUCUUUGCUGAGCGAUCUGUCAAUAAAUUUGCUGGAUCUCUUUUCAAGCAAAGCUCAUACCAGAAGGAACUCUUCUCGAGCAUAGAAAACAUCAAGGUCCGGGUCUCGCGGGUCAAGGAAGAGUCUGAGCACUGCAUGCAAAGACGUGUAGCAGACAUGCAAAAGUCCAUCGUCAACACGGACCAGAAUACCACCAAGUCGUUACAACUUCUUCAGGCAUUAUACAACCAACUUAUCUUGCAAGAACCACGCUCUUCAUUUGAUCAAGACAACAUGGCUCCAGCAGGAAGAAACCUCUCGGCUACUGGUACACACAAAAUGCACAGCUCUAUAAUGCGUUCCGGAACUGACGGAGCACCUGCUUCGUAUAAUAGGAAGCAGUUGGGCAGCCUUUUAACAACACUCCAAUUUGACGAUGCUGCCGUAUCAAGAGACAUUCAAACAUGCCAACGCAAUGGUUAUGCCUCGGACGAAGCUUUCCAAGCCAAAGCAGCAAAGCUUAUCCAAAGCCAGGAGCUCAAAAAUUUUAUCACCAGCAAUUCCAACUUGGGAACGUUGCUCAUCAACGGAAAUGAAGACAUGUCUGCAACUGAGGGAGCAUCUCCUGUUAGCCUGGUGUCUGCAAGAAUAGCCCUUGCUUCCGCGAAUACGCCCCAAACCCUAUGUCUUUCGUUUUUCUGCACGGAGCAUCGUUCAUAUGGUGGCCCUCCUGGCCCACCUGCGCCGGCAGCAAUGAUGGCUAGCCUGACUGCCCAACUUCUCAACAAAAUGGCAGAAAGAUCUUUCAGCGUCGACCUCUCCUUUUGCGAUGACCUUAAGACAGAGGAUAUUUCCGGGUUUAAUCUGAAAACCCUGUGUGUAAUAUUCUCGGAACUCGCGAAACAGAUACCCGAGGGUACGAUAUUGAUCUGUCUCAUUGAUGGGAUCGACCUGUACGAGACGGGCGAUUUCCGCGAAGAUGUCGAUACUAUCAUGAGAAGAAUGGCGAGGCAGGUAGCAAAGCGAACCAACAUGAUAUUCAAGUUGAUUGUAACUUGCAACGGUCGAGCAAGGGCCAUUCAGACCCAUUUUGCGUCUGUCAUCAACAUGGAGGAGUCAGUCGAGCCGGAUGACUCAUCUCAAUGGAGAAUUGACAAUUCUAAUAUUUUAAGAGACUUACAAGACGCGGAAUCUUGA